AUGCGGUCCUUUCAGGCUCGCCGCCGCGAAUCACGCAAGCCACGUCGUCGGCCCGCUCCUCCUUCAUUUUGGACCUCCCAUGCGCCGUCAGCAGACUGGCAUGCCUCGGCGUCGAUGCACCUCGCAACCGUUGUGUUGGUGGCUGCAAUCAAAAGCAAAUGGGCGGCAGACGCAUCCCAGCUUCUCGAAGAAUUCCAAGAUUCUCGCGCCCUGGUCGUCAUCGCUGGUGACAGCGGAGAGCAAGUCGGGGCAGGGCAUCGGAUUGGGAACAGUAUCGACUUUCCUGGAUGGACCACGUCCGCCGGGGCAUGGAUGGUUCGCAGCCAGGGAACAUCUUCACAUGUCACAAUCCCGUCACAGAGGCGGCCCAGCCACAGCUUGCGUAUGAGGGCCCGUCCCAACCUUGACAGGCAGUCCUACACGGGCCCGCCCCGCCGCCAGCAGAGCUUCCGCGCAGGCUUUGCCCGAUUGCUCUCCAUCACCGAAGCGGAAAUGGCAUUUAGACGAAGCCAUCUCGGAUUGGGCGGCGUCUAG